GGGAUUUCAAUUCAGUAACCGUCUGCGCAAUCGAGUCAAGUUUGGAAGGAGCGAGAUUUGUCCCGGUGUCACGCCCACCUUUCCGAAAACACUGGAGCCUGUCGAGCCAAGAGGCCGGCGGAUCGAUGAGAGGCCUCGCCUGGGCGUCGCACAUCUGCGCCCCACGGUAGCCCCAGCGCGCUCUCGAUGAUGAUGAUGAUGAUGAUGACAUCUGUCGCCGGCUCGAGCUGAACCAGAUCCCGUCGCGCGCGCUGCAUUGGAUGUUUGACCACUUUUCCCUUUUUCCUCGGAGGAAAAGCGAUGGGAUCGGGUGCUGUGGAUUCCUCACAGUGGCUGUCAGUGAAGGAAGAGACUAUUUUCCUCCACGACGGACUCAUUCGGGUCACGGACCUCGCGGAGCUGCCCAGUGAAAUCGGGGCGUCCGAACAAGGCGAAUCCGAGCAGGAGAUCUUGACGUUCGAGACCAAGAACCCAGCGGAGCUCGCCGAGCGCCUGCGAGCCGUCUGUGGAAACCAGAGCAACGCUUACACCAGACUUUUGGAGUACCGUCUCAAUGCUCUGCGUGGACUGUGGGGGGCGCAGCGGCAGCUGGCUCUGGAGGAGCAGCAGGAGCAUGACGGGGUCGUCCCGGGGAGCGCCGGAGGGGCCGACGACGAGACGCUGGCCCUGCUUAAGAGACAGGGCUUCCUGCAGCCUCAACACCACCACCAUCACACCACCGAUCAGGCACCGUUUACCUCACGCGUCGGCCUCCUCUUGGUGUUUCCACUUCUGCAGUCACAGACUCGGCACGACCCUGAGCUCUGCGGCGUCACCGCUGAGGUCCUGCUGGCGUGUCUGCGUGACUGCCAGCCGCUCAGCCUGGGCAAGGAGCCCGCAGACUGCCUUAAUGGCCUGGAGAGGUUGCUCUGCUCCUGGCUGGAGGAGAGGAGUGAGCCGGAGGGAGUGGCACAGACGAGACCACUGCUGACCCAACAGCAGAGACAGAACGCAGCGGCUGCUCUAGUGGCUCUAUCAUGUGCAAGGGGUUCCCUCAAGACAUUCAUUCACACUGUCCACCUGCUGCAAAAACAGACAGAUCUGGGUCAGCUUCCAGUGGCUGAUGUUCUCUACAGACUGCUGCUUCUUGAGGGAGGUCCAGGCUCGCCGUCCUGCUUGUUAGGGGCGAAACACAGUGUUUCGUGGGGCUUUGAGGACAUGCUGCCCACACCAGAGAGCAGCGCCGCUGGAGCAGAGAGCAAAGACACAGACCUGGGCCGCUGCCUGGCUACAGAUGGUUUCUAUCUCUACACGACAAACUCUUUUGGGAAGGGCUUAAGUAAGCUGGGCUCGGGGCAGCAUGGGACGCUGAGGGGUUUUGUGUACUGUCGGAAUGAGGAGCUGGAAGCAGGAUGGUUGGCGCACAGCUGUGGCUUUUUGCUCCACCGUCCAGCCUCUUUUGACAGCAAACCUCAUCAGCUGUGCCAGGUCCUCGACCCCUUCACACUGCAGGUUUCCCAAGUGGUAGAGAUGCCGCUCCAUCAUUUCCCAGUGGGCAGCAGCUUGACCAGCCUGCGUCUUUGUUCUGAUGGUACCUUCCUCUACUGGGUUUGGUCACCUGUCAGCAUCAACGAGAAAACCCAGAAAGGCCACUCCGUCUUCAUGGAUGUCUUCCAGCUAACGACUGAGUCGGGUCUGUGUGUGGCCAGUCCUAUACAGGAUCGGGUAAUCCUGUCGCGAAAGGAAGGCGAGUCAUCGAAGUGUUUGAAUGAGCUGCUCCUGAGCCGUAUGUCUCGCUUUCGUGCCUCGCACUCGUCCACGCUGGCUGCUCUCACCGGCUCCGCCAUCACCAACCCCGUCAAAGAGGAGACGUCGGUAGUCAACACAAGCUGUGGUCUGUCUAUAAAAGCACUGAGGAAGACGCCGAUGUACGUGUGCGGGACGUAUCUGGUGAUGCUGGCGCCUGCUCCAGGUGUAGCUGGGAGCUCGGCCACACGCUCGCUGUUUGGUGGAUCCAGUGGCCUUUCUUCCCUCAAGAUCUUGGCGUCCAGUUUGGUGUUUAACCUGGCCGACGGUCAGUUUAGCAGUCGUGCGGAUCUGGUAGAUGCUCCAGGAAGCUCUCUGGGUCGCGGGGCUCAGGUUGCAGGACUGGGGGCCUGUUAUGAUGCACUUAACAACUUGAUCUGGACGUGCUCCAGCGACUACAUGGACCAGUGGUGUAAUCCUGGGAACCAGGCCUUUCAUCAUGUGUGCCAGCGACUGGGCGUCAGUCACCUCAUCAGUCAGCCUAAAGAAGAAAUGAUAGACACAUCCAAAGUGAUAAACCAGCUGCUUCAUCAUGUUGGUGCCAUGUGCAUCCAUCAGCUCAACCUGCUGGCAGCCAGCAGUAAUCUGCACCUGGGACCCUUCAUCGGGAAACAGUCAAUGGAGGCCUGCCACUUCAGCUCCAUAUGUGACGUCAUGGAGAAGGCCAUGGUCAAGGGAGACACCUGCAUCAUCCGUUGCAUUCUAGUCGUCUUUCAGGUUGUGUUCCAGUUUUUUAAUCUAAAUGCGGAGCAGAACCGAGACGGUGUGAAGCGCUCUGGACUGUUGCUGUGGCAGUUACUCAUGGCUCCUCACGAUCAGAUAGAGCCGGAAAUACAGAGAGAAGUGUGUCUGGCCAUCAGCUCAGGUUUAAACUCUUUGUACCAGAGUGAAUCUGAGUUGAACAACCUGCUAAAAUUCGUUUUCACCGAGGGGGAGAAGAACAGUGGUUUGUCUCAGUUGCGUGAUGUUAUAUUAAACAACCUUGCCAACCAGUUACAGAAGAACCGCUUUGGUAGUGAGGAUGACGAACACUACAGGCUGAAGGAUGAACUGUUGCAGUGUAUCUUGAAGACUGUAGUGCGCGAGUCGUGUCUGCUCGUCACCAAAUGUCAAACGGUUUCCAAGGAAGACCUCCAGAAGCUUCUCUCCACUGUACCUGUAGCGUCACCAAGCUUGCGUUAUUUAAUGGCUGUGCAGAACCAUUUGCUCAGCAACACCAUCCUCCUCCACCCGGACGACAUUGAUGAUAGUGACAGCUCCCUACAAGGGGAAACAAUGAAGGUACAGGAGCUGCAGACCAGCAUCCUGUCACUUGCCUCUAAGAUCCUGGUUGGAUGUGAUGAGGUUCUGGAGACCCUUCAGCAAGUCACCAGCUCGCUCAUCAACAGCAGCAUCAGCGAUCGAGAGGCCAGACUGAGAGGACUUGAACAGGUGACGAAGGCCACGAUGUUGGGUCACUUGCUGCCAGUCCUCUUGACGUCACUGAUGCACCCGAACCUACAAACCCUGACGCUCGCUGACGCUCUCAUGCCACAGCUGGUCCAGCUUGUCCUCUAUACUAGUCAGACUGCUUUGCUGCUAAAGACACAUUCACCAUUAUUUGUUGAGGAUUCCCCGCUAAAUCAAGGCUCCAAUCCACCCUCAUUAAAUGACAGUUUCCAGAUUCUGGAAGAGAGAGAGGAGCCGGGCUUUCUGACCGGCCUGAAGAUCCCUGCCCCAUGGGCUGCUGGGAAAACGGUUGAAACCGCUCAUCCGGUGCGAGACAACUACAAGUUUAAAGAAACCGUGCACAUCCCUGGAGCUCGGUGUCUCUACCUGCGCUUCGACCCUCGCUGCUCCUCACAAUACGACUACGACAAGCUGGUGAUUUACGCCGGGCCAAACACAAAUAGUCGUAAAGUGAGUGAGUAUGGAGGAAACACCAUGGGUUACGGUAGCCGCAGCGUCUUAGGAACCGGUUGGCCCAAAGAUCUGGUCAAGGUGGAAGGAGACACGGUGACGUUCUCUUUUGAGAUGAGAAGCGGACGCGAACACAACACCCCAGAUAAAGCCAUGUGGGGUUUCUCAUGCACUGUCCGAGCGCAGGAGUCGUCUGAGGAUGUGUCCGGCGGCCUGCCCUUCCUGGCUGAUCUAGCGCUGGGUUUAUCAGUGCUGGCCUGCGCCAUGUUACGCAUCCUCUAUAACGGCCCUGACAUCACACGAGAGGAGGAGGCCUGCCACGACCUGCUCUGCUCCAAACUGCUGCAGAGGUGUCAGUGGCAGGUAGAGGCUAACGGAGCGAUCUCUCCAGCCCUCACGCCGUCUCCGUCUCCUCUGCCUCUCACCAUCGACGAGGAGCGAGAGUUCACCUAUCCUUCAGACAUCCUCGUCCCUCCUCCAGGUCCCGCUUGCUGUGAGCUGCCCCGCAUACACUUACCCCCGGGCAUUAUGGGCCGCCUGAGGGAGCUGUCUGGAAGAGGCCGGCCUCAGUUUCGCCCCAGCAUCAAAGAGGUGAUGCGUCCUGAUGUGAUGGAGGAAGUGAUCGUGUCGUGUGUCAUCAAGCACUUGGGUCUGGUGGAUGCGCUGCAGUCGCUGGUCAACUUCCAGUACAGAGACAUGCACAGAGAGGAGCACAACCUGCUCUGCAAGAUCAUGGCCGAGACCUUCAAGAAGAUCAACGCAAUGGAGAGACAGUUACAGAGUGUAGCUGAACUGGAGCAGAAGUGGCAGAAUGAAGCAGAAGAAGCUCAGCAGGGCAAACUGGAGAACAACUCUCCCUUCUUCCACGACUAUCACUUCUUUGAGAACAAAAUGAAGGAGCUGGAGCUUCUGUGUUCACUGAAGGAGGUUCCUCUGGACCCCACUGAUCCAGAAAACGCUGUGAUGGCUUUAAGAGAGAAGUUCUUCCAUGAGGUGAACUCCACGCAGCAGCAGAGAAGCUCUGUUCCUCUGACUAAAACCAAAGCGCUGGUGAAGAGCCUGAUCAACCGCUCGGAGCUGCUGCUGCAUGUCACCAUCGCACCGCAGAGCAAGAGUCUGUCCUCAACACCCACCUGCACACCAGCCUGUAAGUCUGUGUCAGACACCAAAUCCCAUCCCAUCGUGAAGCAGCCUGUGUUCCUGCGCAGUAUGUCCGCUCCCUCAGAUUUGGAAAUGAUUGCCAACAGUGAUGUGGAGUUCACACAUGGAGCACAAAGGAGGCGCCUCCAUCCAUCCAGGCACCGGAGCAGCUCUUUUACUCUGCUGCAGUCGUUGGUCAUCGAGGACCGCAAGGACAGGCCCACGUACAGCGUGCUGCUGGGACAGCUGUUCGCCUUCAUAGGAACCACUCCCGAUCAGACCGUGUCCAGCAGCAGCUUCCUGUCGGCGGCUCAGACGCGCUGGAGGAGAGGCCGCACCCGGAGACAGGCUCUGGUUCACAUGAGGGAGCUGCUCACCGCUGCUGUCCGGGUCGGAGGAGUCACACAUCUGGUCGGCCCCGUCACCAUGGUGCUGCAGGGCGGCCCGCGAGUGGAGGAACUGACCUGCGGGGGCAUGAUGGAGCAGGUCCAGGAGGCCUUUGGAGAGACCAUGACAUCAGUGGUGUCUCUCUGCGCCCGUUACCCAAUCGCCUGCGCCAACAGCAUCGGCCUGCUGUGCACCAUCCCCUACACCAGGAGCGAGGAGCAGUGUCUGGUGCGCAGCGGUCUGGUUCAGCUCAUGGACAGACUGUGCAGUCUCAGCAGUCAGAGAGACAGCAGCUCCAGCGAGAAACAAACCAAAAAACAGAAAGUGGCUACGAUGGCCUGGGCUGCUUUCCAGGUGCUGGCCAACCGCUGCAUCGAGUGGGAGAAAGUCGAAGGAGGCUCCACAGACGCAGUGCAUUCUGGGCUGGCACGACAGGUGUCUAGCUUGCUAACCAAUCACCUGGCUCGCGCGACAGACUGCUGCGGGAACCAAGCGGCGGGAAACGACGCCCUGCAGGAUGUGCUCAGUCUGCUCAACGAUCUGUCCAGGAGCCACAUUGGCAAAACCAUCCUGAGCCAGCCUGCCUGCGUGUCUAAACUGCUGUCUCUGCUGCUGGACCAGCGGCCCUCGCCCAAACUGGUGCUGAUCAUCCUGCAGCUGUGCCGCGCUGCGCUGCCGCUCAUGAGUGUGGAGGAUUGUGGGAAUGUAGCGCUGCCGUCCUGGAGCUACUCGGCGUAUGCGCUGGACACAGAGCAGCAGGAGGCCAGUGAUCCUGCCUUUCGCAUCGCCUCGCUGCUGCUGGCCAAGCUGGCCGACUACGUGGUGCCAGGUUGUCAGACGCUGCUCUCCCCCAGCGCCUCUGAGGCCGACACCAGUCUGACACGGGCCUGUCCCAAGAGCAGCGCUAAGACCGACAGAGACACUAGUGAGGAGGGUGAAGCCGUGGAUGGCAAGCUGUCCAUUUUCAUCCAUAAAAGAGAAGACCAGUCGUCCCAUGAGGUGCUUCAGCCCUUACUCAGCAGCUCAGAGGGUCGUCCCUUCCGCCUCGGCACCGGAGCGAACAUGGAGAAGGUGGUGAAGAUGGACCGGGACAUGACCAAGAGCGGCUGCUGUGAGGUGAUCACGGAGGAGGCUUCGUCUGCUCUGAGGAAGGCCAAUAAGUGGGCUCAGUCUGGGCUUAUUGUUAGUGUGGGUCCCCCGAUAGAGAGCACGGGUCAGGAGAAUGCUGGGAUAACCACCACAGGGGACAAGAAGAAAAGCGCCCAGUCUACGGUGUGCAGAGAGAGGAACGCUGAGCUGGCUCGCUCAGAUCCGGUGCGGCCCUUCAUCAGCGGUCACGUGGCUAACAGCAUGGCUGCGGAGGUCAUCGCUCUGCUGCACAGUCUCCUGACCGCUCCUGAGUCCAACACGGCUCAGAUAUGGACCAGCACCGCAGAAAAGGUGUUGUCCAGGGCCUUGAUGUACAUCCCUCAGUUGGGCAAGUAUGCUGAGAGUAUUCUGGAGAGCGGCACCAGCAGCGGCAGGAAGUUAGCCAAGCUGCAGGCCAUUGGCCGACAGGCCGUAGCGGCUCUCUGUGCGCUGGGAGGAUUCAAGGAGACCAUCAAGAUCGGCUCUGAAGUCCAGGUGGUGGGUAAAGGUGUGCUGGACAGUGUUGGGGUCGUCAUAUCCAUUAAUGAGCAGGAGGGAAUGGCCAUGGUCAGGUUUCCUUCCUGCGAGUACCGGCGCACCAGCAAAGCAUCUGAUAUCCUCACCGUACCCAUAUCCCGCCUCUGCACCCCUCGUUCUGAGGCUCUGCCGCUGCACAAGCUGUCCAUCACAGAGAAGGUUGUUCAGGCCGUGCAGUCCAUGCUGCUGCCGCAGGAGGGCAGUCUGUCCAUCCACACGUCUCUGCCUGCGUCUGGAGACGGCUCCAGUCCUGUGAUGGCUGUGGUGCGUCUUCUGGCCGAGAUCAGAACCAGGGCGUGUUUGGUGAUGGCGCAGCUGCUGGAGGACAGCUCCUUCUGUGAGGAGUUCAUUCAGCAGUGUCCCGCAGCGGUCGAGGUGCUCAACCUGAUCGCUCAGGAGUGCAGUCCUGGAGAGCGUUUAGUGAUGGUUGAGGCUCAGUGUGAGAGGGUUCGGAUGCUGUAUCGAGACUGUGCUCGUCCUCCACCUCCUCCAGUGCAAACUGAUCAACGACAGCCGAAGGAAAUCACGUGGUGCCCGUCGCGUGUCUUCCCUCCGGUCCGCGCCUGCAUGUUCUCCUCACACUUGACCUCUGUGACCUUUCUGGCCGAUCCGAGCGCAGGUGGAGGUCUUCCCAGAGGAACGUUCAUCUACGCCACUUCACCUGUGCCUGUCCAGGCUCCUUCCUUUUACUGGGAGAUCGAGGUUGUUUCUUUCGGAGACUCUGAGGAUGACAGCGGCCCUGUAGUGUCGUUCGGUUUCUCCCCGGAGGCUGAGAAGAGAGACGGAGCCUGGACCAGUCCUGUGGGCACCUGUCUGUUUCACAAUAAUGGGAGGGCAGUACACUAUAAUGGCUCCAGUUUGCUGCAGUGGAAGAGUGUGAGACUAGACGUGGCUCUACUUCCUGGGGAUGUUGCAGGCAUCGGUUGGGAGCGUUUGGAAGGCACUCCUCCUCUUCCCGGUCAGCCUCCUAAAGGAAGAGUGUACUUCACAUACUGCGGUCAGCGGCUCGCUCCUUAUCUGGAGGACGUGGCUGGAGGCAUGUGGCCCGUGGUCCACAUUCAGAAGAAGAAUACGAAGAUUCACGCAAACUUCGGCUGCCGGUUGUUUGCGUACGCAGAGGGACAGGCUCACCGAAACGCCGCCGAUCUCUGCAUGGACCUCUCAGAGGAGAUCAGCGCCAACUUCGAGGCUCUGCCCUUCGCCAUGGCCUCCGACAGCGACAACGACGCCGGCACGAGCGUGGCGUCUGACUCGGGCUCUCACGGUCCCCCGUGUCGCAUCGCUGCGGUCAUCACAGCACAGCAGCAGUACAGUAGUGAUGCCUCUCUCCACUACAAGGUGGAACUGAGUUAUGAGAAUCUGGUCGUCUCCGGGCCAAACGCUCAUCCUCCACCGAUUGCUGAUGAUGAGAGCGAUGAUGAAGAUGAUGAAGAUAUCCCUAGGGAGGAUCAUUACGCUUUGCUAGUGAAAGCGUGGGAAACCAAAGUUUUUCCAACCAUUCGCCGUCGUUUCAGGAACGAGGCAGAGAGGAAGUCCGGCCUUGACCAGAUCAAAGGAGCCCUUCAGCUGGGAAUGGUGGAUAUCGCACGUCAGACUGUUGAGUUCCUGUAUGAGGAGAAUGGAGGGAUUCCUCGUGACCUCUACCUUCCAACCAUCGAGGAUAUCAAAGAUGAAGCUAAUAAGUUCACCAUCGACAAAGUCCGUAAAGGUUUGACAGUGGGCAUCCGCUGCCCAGAGGGAAACAACAGCAGUAGCAGCACAGCCCUGCCCAAGUUUGCAAUCCGGGGCAUGCUGAAGACAUUCGGCCUGCAUGGAGUCGUGCUCGAUGUCGACUCUUCCAGUGAGCUGGUGCAGGUGGAGACGUAUCUCCGCAGUGAGGGGGUGUUAGUUCGGUACUGGUACCCCAUUGAGAUGCUGGAACGGCCCCCAGCAGGGUCCCGCAGGGCUGCAGCAAACGGCUUGGUGUCUCUAGACAGCAGCAACAUCCAGAUUCACCGGGAGCUGCUGCGCUGUGAAGGUGCUCUGGCGCGUCUCUACUGCCGCAUGGCUUUACUCAACAUCUUUGCUCCCAAGAGCCCUCACACAUUCACACGUCUCUUCCACAUCCCCGCCGUGCGAGACAUCACACUUGAGCACCUGCAGCUCUUGUCCAAUCAGCUGCUGGCUCCGCCUCUGCCAGAUGGCAGAAUCAGUUCAAACUCUAUUCUGCUGGCUCAGUCCGUCCUCCACGAGCUGCAGGGCGAGAGCUGCUCCCCGACCGAACUCUUCUAUCAGGGGAACGCUCGGAGCAUCGGCGAGUGGCUGACGGUGGCCAUCAGCAGAGCCCUGCAUCAGGGAGAGGACAGCCUCCUCGAGCUCACCAAACAGAUCUGCUGCUUCCUGCAGAGCGCUCCAGAGCAGUUCACUCUGGAAGAGUUUCCCAUCACAGAGUCCAAGGUCAGCAUGGACGUGAACUUCCCUGGGGCCGCGUUUGUGGUCGUCUCUUGCAAAGAGAGCCAGCUCAGCUGCCGUAAAGACUCUUCUCUAUAUAAGGCUCCUUGGACUCGCGUUAUGGUGUAUGGACUUGGUCAUAAGGUUCGACGAAACGGCCAGCUGAAUCUGAUGGAGGCAGUGUGUUACCCUCUGGACGCCUCUCCGUCCAAUACAGGACUCACCCCUCCACCCACAGCCAACCAGUAUCCCAGCAUCAUCAUCCCCACUGACAAAGUGCAUGUCAAACUAGGUGUAUCUCCUCCUCCUGGUGCAGUGCUGGUAUUGCACUCGUUGCCUCUUGAGUUUCCCUUGGCUAUGGCCUUUGCUGAACAGCUGCUGACCUACACCAUUGGUGAAACCACUGACCGCUCUGAGGAUGAGCUGGACACUGUGCCCACUUCUGUUCUUAUGCAAGUUGUGGAGUUGCUGGGUGGGCUUCUGUGGACCACCGAUCUUGCUCCGUGCAUCAAGGAGCUGAUCUUCCACUUGCUUGCAGAGCUUCUCUGCAAGAUCCACGCCUUUGAGCGUCGAAAAACCCCCUCGGGUCUUGCCAGCCAAAUUACAUUGCUGCUCAACCCUUGCCUAACAGUCCUUAUGGUUCUUCAAACAGAGCUACGGAAACUUUACGACCACGAGACCCAAAGUUGGGGGCUAGUUAGCGGAGUUUCCUGCACUUCCACUACGGGUAGCAGUGGAGCACUUGCGCUUGCUGCCGAGCGGAGCCGUUUCUCAACCUACUUCCACGCCCUGAUGGAGGUGUGUCUGGCAGUCGCCGAAGUGACUCUGCCACUGAGUACAGGUGGAGGGAUUUCGGUGGUAGGUGCCCCUUCAUCCACGAGCACCACUAACUGUAGCGAUUCCUCAUCCUCUUCGUCGUCCUCUCCGGGCCAGACGCCCCAAAGUCCAAGCUUACUUUCGAAGCGCAAAAAGGUGAAGCUAAAGCGUGAACGGACAGCGGUCGCCGUUACCUCGGGAGCUGUCGUCUCAGGGAAACAUGGUUCUGGAAGUGGAGGGAGACCAUCAGAAUGUGACAGUGCUUUACUAAACAUGGCCGGAGGGAAGCCAGAGGACAUGUUGUGGUUUCACCGUGGGUUGACGUUACUCUUGAUUUUACGACACCUUGCUAACAAGGACCCGCAAGGUCUGGGCGUCACUGAAGAUGCGGUUGCAGAUGCCUGCCAAGCCUUGGUUGGCUCCACCAUUCACAGUCGUUUGCUCGUGCUCUCAGGAAUUCCCACUCACUUGGAGGAAUCUGUGGUGCGCAAUGCAAUCCGAAGGGCUUGCAAUGCACACGGCGGUCUCUUCAAGGAUGAGAUCUUUAUUCCGGUUCAGGAGGAGGACCCUAAAAAAGCCAAAGCUGAAACUUCAGGUAUUCCCCAAGAUCUAAAGCGAGAUUGCACUGCAGGAAGCCCAAAUAGCAACAAUGCAACGCCAGCAAUGAGUGCCUCGGCUUCAGCGAGCCAGACGUCGGUCUCCAGCUCUUUACAGGGAGCUUCCAGGGUUGCCAGUGAGCUGCUAGUGAACCAAGAGCUGGUACCCACUCAAAUAGCACCUUCUCAGCCACAAGCACCACUGGACUCCCACAUAGUCUCCAGUCAGGAGAGCCUUGAUGUGUCUCUUUGUAGCACCGGAAGUCAAGGUAGUCUCGGCAGCAUUGGGGAGCAGUUGGAUAGUGGUGCAACGUCAGUCUCAGAUGGGAGCUCCAUGUACACAGUUGCCUCGCCAGACAUCCAAGCCAGUGUGACACGACCAAUCAAAGGCUAUGCUGUCAUAGAGGUAAGGGCACGGGCCCAAGUAGAGAAGAUUCGGGCCAGUCUUUUUAACAGCAGUGAUCUCAUUGGCCUUUCCAAUCUGGAAAGAGAGGAGGAGCUAAUGGAGAUGACCAAUGAGGAGAUCCUCACCGCCUCCAGUGUAAAUCAGAGUUUAUUUGACACACAAGGGAGUUCAGUCCUAGAGGAGUACUUCCUUGAUAAAUCGAUCAGAGGAGAUAAAUUGGUUCCUGAAGCACGUGAUGUGCUGACAGACAUCUUCAAGAGCUGCAUUUAUGCAGAGCAGGUUCUGAGUCCCAUACCAACAAAACCAGUGAAAGUCUCAGACAUUUAUCUGAGCAAAGAGCAGAUGAACGCUCAGACACCAGGAAACCUGCUCCAUGUGUUUUUUACACAUGUGCGGCCUCCCAAGAAGGUGCUUGAUGACCAGCUCACACAGAUUCUUCGUAAAUAUGGCACAGUAAAGGCCAACAAGAACAAGCAUAGCAAGGCAGGCAAAGAGCAGCACCAAGGCAAAGUGGUCAGCACAAAAAGACCCAUCACCAAACCCCCGGCCAAAGAGAAGUCCAUGCUGAACAGUGUGAGAACUGUUCUAAGUGAGAAAAAAACAGUCCUUAAGUCAAAAUCUCCUGAGAAGACCAAGCCUGAUGAAAAAGACCCUGAAAAGUCUCCCGCCAAAAAGCUUGAAGUGCCAGAAGAGAAGUUUCUGACCCUGGAAGGUUUCCACAAGUUUACUCUAGACAGAGCCAAGCAGGAUAUUCGCAGUGUUUGGCGGGCGAUCCUGGCUUGCGGUUACGACUUGCACUUUGAAAGAUGCACAUGCAUCGACUCCCGACAUGCUCAGAAAGCCAGUAGAAAAUGGACCUUUGAAAUGGACUUUGCGUUGGUCCAGUUUGCUAACCGUCUGUGCAGACACCUGGCCAUCACUCCUGCCCGCCUGCAUCCUCAUGAAGUUUACCUCGAUGCCAAGGACACCGCCGACCCCCAAGUCGCAUGCUUGAUAGGCGUUCCUGUGGAGAGUUUGCGUCUGCGGUUUGCUCUGCUGCAGUCGCUCAACAGCACACUGGAGAGCUUCUUCCUGCCGUUAGUCGAGCUGAGGCUGACACAAACCUAUCAAAACAGCAUCGCGGCGCUUCUGUGCGAAGCCAAAGGACUGAUUUUUUACGACACCAAAGUGACUUUUAUGAACCGGGUGUUGAACGCAAGCGUGCAGCGCACUGCGGAUCACGCCGCGCCUGAGAUCACGCUCGACCCGCUGGAGAUAGUGGGAGGUGAGACGCGUGCAGCAGAGAACACGUACUUCUGCCAGGCGGCACGUCAGCUGUCCUGCGUCCCCUCGUCUCAGCUGUGUGUGCGGAUCGCCAGCGGAGGAGACCCCACCUACGCUUUUAACAUCCGCUUCACCGGGGAGGAGGUCCACGGCACCAGCGGCUCAUUCAGGCAUUUCUUGUGGCAAGUCUGUAAGGAGCUGCAGAGUUCGGCGCUCUCUCUUCUCCUCCCGUGUCCCAGCGCUGCAGCAAAUCGCAAUAAGGGGAAGUUCAUUCUGACGCCGUGCCCCAUCACUUACGCAGAAGAGCAGCUGCUGAACUUCUUCGGCCAGCUGCUGGGGAUUGCCAUUCGGGCGGAUGUGCCUCUGCCUCUGGAUCUGCUCGGAUCCUUCUGGAAGGGUUUGGUCGGGGAAGCACUCGACCCAGAGUCUGACUUUCGAGAAGCCGACCUGCUCACAUACAACUACAUCAAGAAGUUUGAGAAUUUGGCCGAUGAGGCGGAGCUGGAAGCGUUGUGUGCUGAAGUCUCAUCCCAGAGCCACAUGGGCGAGAGCCCGGAUUCACCGAGCCGUCCCUGCUGCACAUUCACCUACAUCACCAUGACCGGAGAGGAAGUAGAGCUGUGCCAUGGAGGACGUGACAUCACCGUCAGCUGGGAGAAUAAGGACGUGUAUGUGCGAGCGGUGCGAGAUCUGCGCCUGCGGGAGCUGCAGAAUGUGGAGUGUAUGUCGGCGGUCCGCGCCGGUCUGGGCUCCAUCAUACCCCUGCAGCUCCUGACCUUACUGAGCCCCGCUGAGGUGGAGCUGCGCACCUGCGGCCUGCCGGACGUCAACCUGGAGUUCCUGAAGGCUCACACCAUGUAUCAGGUGGGACUGAUGGAGACGGACCAGCACAUUGAGUUCUUCUGGGCCGCGCUCGAGAUGUUCACGCAGGAGGAGCUCAGCAAGUUCAUCAAGUUCGCCUGCAACCAGGAGCGAAUCCCCUUCACCUGCCCCUGUAAAGACGGCGGCCCCGACACGGCUCACGUGCCCCCCUACCCCAUGAAGAUCGCUCCCCCUGAUGGGGCAGUGGGCUCAGCAGAUCUGCGUUACAUUCGCGUGGAGACCUGCAUGUUCAUGGUCAAGCUGCCGCAGUACUCUUCGCUGGAAGUGAUGCUGGAGAAGCUGCGCUACGCUAUCCACUACCGCGAGGAUCCUCUCAGCGGUUAAACCUGAUUUCUCAGAUCCCCGUCGGCCGCGUCUGAGACGGUCACCACACAACCUUAAUCAGUUCUCACUUCUUCUUCAUCAAGAAUACUCAUGGAGGAAUUUGAUCAGCUUUUUCAAUUAGCCUUCACGGAGACUAGCGUUGGUGUGUGUUUGACGGAGUGCGGCGGGUUUGACAGCGCUGAAGAGUAAUCCACAGAUUUAUAAAGAUCUACAUGUGCUGUUCUUCAACAAAUUUGAAAGAAAUGGAACUGUUACUGCUUAAACAUUUAAUCUCUCUCUCUCUCUCUCUCUCUCUCUCUCUCUCUCUCUGUCUCUUGCUCGCUCU